GAUUUCCCUUCGACCCUUAUUUAGAUUUCUGUUUGCUUUCUUCCUUUCCUUCUCUCUUGAUCUCACCAGCUCUAUUAUUCCCCUAGAUUUCUAAUUCCCUUGUUUUUCUCUAUUUACUCCCAAAAGAAAAACCCUAAAAAUCAAAAAUCAAAAUCCCUAAAAAUCUCAAAAUCCAAUAUGAAAGCCUUCGUUUUCUUGUUGUUCCUGGUUUUAAUCGGUCUUUCAAACUUUUCUUAGCAGUUUCUCACACAUGGCUUCAAUACCUCUUGUUCUGGGUUUUGAAUUUGAGGAGAUAUCGGAGGAGCAGAUGUCCUUCACGGUGGCUGGGCGGAUUGUUGUAGUCAAUCCAAUACAUGGCGACAAGGUGUAUUGGGUGCUAGCUAAGGCAUGGGCAAACUGUCAUGAUUUUCAGGGAGGUCUUUUACAUUGUAGGCUUUUGGUUGAUGUCACUAAACCUUCAAUGGCUGGUUUUUGGUCUCAAUCGGUUUCUAAGGGCUCUAGAUGGAUUUCACUAAAGUAUGAAAGACUCUGAUUUUUGUUAUUACCAUGGAAGGUUGGGGCAUGGUGAACUGAUCUCUAGGGAGAAAAGGUUAUGUCAGUUCUUGAUCCUAGUUAGGGCAUGUAUGGGGACUGGCUAAGAGCUAAGCAGGUUAGAGAUGAGUGUAAGAGUGCUGGAAUUAUCCAUACUACUUUUAAGUGCAAAGAUAAGGAGCUGUGCCUGACCUAUUCCCCUACUAGGGUACUGAGCAACAAAGGUAAGGGUGCACUAAGGGACUGUCAAGGGUCUGCUAUCCCAAAGUAAGCGAUUCUAUGACUCACCAAGCUCCUAGCUGCAGUCCUAGUCUUGUUCGGAAGGAACCAAAGCAUAAACUAGUUUUCAAAACCCUUCUCCUCUGAAAGUGAGCAAUUCUGAGUCUUCAGUGAAGAGGGCAAGGAUCAAGGGGCUGAUAGGGGACGAGCUGACAAGUAAUGUGCAGGCCAUUAUCCCUGUUACUACUUGUAUUGUGAAAGGAAAUGAAUCGGGUGCUGCUUACCAUCUGGAGCUUCUUGGUGAAGAGGUUGGGGGUGGCAGGAAAGGGGAAGAGGCAUGGUAGAGCCCUAACCAAACUAUACAUGCUCAAUUGAACAACAUUGUAAAGGGGUUGAGUCUGAAGAGGCCUAAGCAAGACAGCCCGUUGAGCCCUACAAUGAAGAAGCUUAAGCCUAGCCAACUUUUGAGGGAGUCAUGUGCUAUCUCUACCUAGCGCUGUGAGAGGUUCUAUUAAGGUCAGUGGCUCUAACAGCAGCUCUAGAAGAAAAAAGAGGGGUCCAAAAAUGAAGAUAGGUAACAAAUAUGAUGGUUGAUGAAGUUAGUUCAUGUUCCUGUUGCAAAUUUUGAUGGUUUUAUCUUUGGAAGGUCAAUUGAAGCUGGGUCUAGUGGUUGCCCUGAAACCACUGUUCAUCCAUGAGGUUGCUGUGGUUUGGCAACCUGGGGGUGGGGUCUUCCUAGGCUUGCUUGAUGCUAUCUUGUGGCUCAUAUUUUGACCAUAGUUAUGUUUUUUCUAUGUUUUGUGUUCAGCUUGCUGUUAGUGGAUAUUUUGUUGUUCUCGUUUUAAGAAAGGAUUGUUAGUGGUGGUGAAGAUGUAUGGUUGGAGUUGGUAGAAUGGGAUGGUCUAUUAGAGGGGAGAUGGACUGUGGAUGAGAGUUUCUCUCCACUUAAGGAUGCUGGCCCUUCUGGUAGGCUAUGCUGUUCUAUUAAACAUCAUUAAGGUCAUCAUCAAACCUUCAUCUGCUGCUCAGUGGGUGCUCCGUGACAAGGGGUAGGUGGAGACAAGUUGCCGAAGCAGUUUCUCUGGAUUAGCAGCUGUGAGUCCUUGAGCACAUCUCCACCUUUCUUCUUCUUUGCUUUGAGGAGUGGAACAAUAACCAAGCUUGUGAUAAGCUACACUGUUGGGCUUGAGCUGCUGACAUCCUUCUUGAUGUUUCCUUCCUUGCAUUUUGUUUUCAAUGGUUUUUGGUGUUUCUGUCUGUUUAAACUUUGUGUAGCCACUGCUAGUAGGAGUGGUGGCUGUGUAUAUGGAGUUUAUCUUAUUUUUCUGUAAAGACUUUUUAUUUUGUUCAUGAAUACAAUGGUUAGUUUUCC